AUGAGUCUGGCCGACAUUGUCGGGUCGACUGCAGUGUUUUGGUUGCGCUCCAACCGGCUCCAGCUCAACGCUGCCGAAACAGCGCCAAGGGCGGCAGUUGAUGCGGACGAGAUCUGGCGGCUGGGCAAGAGGUUCCGUAAGCUGGACUUGGACAACUCUGGGUUGCUGAGUGUUGAGGAGUUCAUGUCCUUACCUGAGAUACAACAAAAUCCACUUGCCCAAAGGGUCAUCGAUAUAAUUGAUGCUGAUGGCAAUGGAGAAAUUGACUUUAAAGAGUUCAUACAAGGCAUGUCACAGUUCAGCGUCAAAGGUGACAAAGAGAGCAAGAUGCGGUUUGCGUUCCGCAUCUACGACAUGGACAACGAUGGGUACAUCUCCAAUGGCGAGCUCUUCCAGUUCCUGAAGAUGAUAAUGGGCAACAACUUGGAAGAUCAUCAACUUCAGGAGAUUGUUGACAAAACUAUGCUCUUUGCCGACAAGGAUAAAGAUGGCAGGAUCAGUUUUGAGGAGUUCUGCACCGUUGUUGAAAACACAGACGUCCAUAAAAUGAUGGUCGUUGACGUUUAG